UAGGAUAAGUUAGGAGAUUGUCCACAUACGCUUGAGUGAUGUUGUGCCAACUAUUUAAAACAUAAUUAGGCUCCGAAUGGUAACAUUCGUCCCGCUCCGCACUGCAGUUAACAGUAACAAAAAUCUCUACAUAUACUAUAUAUCUAUAUGUUUUUAUAACUGUCUGAACCGCACCGCAGUCAAACCGCUCGUCCCGCACUGCUCAAUCCGCUCUUACCAUUCGGAGCCUUAAUUUUUUUUUCAGUUAUUCAGUGAACAGCUUUUAGCAGUGAAAACAUGUUCGGUCAUUCUUUUUCUUUCAUUAUUUCAUUUCAUUUUUUGUUGACUAAUAUUGUUGUUUUUGUUUAUUUUUGGAAGGAAUUUUUGAAUAUAUAUUUUAAAGACUUUUACAAAGCCAAUACUAUAGUACCGUGAUGAUGGAAUGGAUGGGAAGAGCUAUUAGUUAGCAACCCUAUGUGCUACAUACAUGUCUUUAAUAUUACAAGCUUCUCCAAAAAUUCAGUAUUGUAAACAUUUUUUUUCUUUGUUGAUAAAUAAAUUUAACAUUUCAACAAAAAAAAAAGCCAAUACCUAAUAUUACAACUUAUGGGUAUACUUUGGCGUCAGUCAUCCUCCCUGCCGCUGCGUUCUUGAAACGAACAGGGCUAUCGUUUAACCUUGAUCAAAUCAAGUUUGGUUUGCCACAAGGCUUAAGCUUCUGUUUUAUGCUAUAUCCUCUGUUUUCUGCUUCUCUCAAAUACUAGUGGCAAUUGAUGUAAAAAAUGAUGUGGUGACUUUAUAAGUUACAAAGAUAUUGAAGGCUCAGAAACAAUCUUCCGCAGUUUUCGUCACAACUCAGUAGGAUCAAACAACGAUAGCAAGAGCUUGAUAUAUAUACGUUAUUUAUCAAAUACUUAAUCCACCCUCACGUUGCGAGUCUUAUCUACAAAACACAAGGAAAACACCAAAAGUAGAAAAUUCAGUUCAGGCCUACAUACGGAGAAAACUCAAUGAAAACAAGUGAACUAUAUUCAUUUCUCCCCCUUGGCCCUAAUCCGACAGAACUCUAUAAAGCACUCUCUAGCUUUGAUAAGUCUUACUAACGAAACCUAAUCCGUAAAGGUAUAACUGAAAAACAGAUCAUCAGAAGAAAGAGCAAAGUAUAAUAUAAAUCUCACGGAAUUUGUUGAAAGCAAUAAAGACCUGUUCAACAAAUCUCUGGAUGUCCAAAUUUUAGCAAAACAAAAAAAAACUUUGGAUGUCAUAAUUAUUGGUUGAUAAGUUAAUUAAAAAUACAAAGACAUCAGGUAUAAACCAUCUUUAACCGAUUAACAAUAGUAGUUCCAAAUUUUACUUCUCUUAAAAACCGGUAGAAUUAAAAAAUGGAAAACAAUGAACUUGACUGUACCAAAUACGAAUAGAAGGAAAUACAAAAUUAAAUUAAAUGACCGUUACAACUUUUCCCAGGAAAAGGAAAUAAUAUGAGAGGUAAAAAAGGAAAGUGAACAUUGGCAUUGGCGCGUUUGAUGUUACGCUCUUUUCUUUAUAAAUACAAACAUCAAUCCAUUCAUUCUUUCAUUCACCAACACACUUUUCUUCUUUCACAACACUCGCUCUCUGUUACGACACAAUUUCUAACGAUUCGUUGUGUUGUCCAACUUCAAGGAAGAAGAUGGAAACUAGCUCACUCAAAGUAGAAAUCAGUGCACAGGUAACGUCUCAAGGUCUGUCAUUAGGGUUAUUAAACUCUGUCUUGAUUAGUCAAUGUCGGGAAAUCGAAGAGUUUCUCAUAGACGAGAGCGAUGAUGGUAACAUCACGAGCCUCGGUUCUUACACCGAUUCUUCUGUUCGUGCCCAAUUAUCGCUUCUCAGGUUCAAAGACUUAGAACCAACCACAGUUCAUCAGCAAAUCAAGACCCGCUUCAACGACCUUGCCUUGUCCCGACUUAUCACCGAUCAGAUUGUUCUCGAAUCACAACGGAAAGACUUGCCACAAGGACCCGUGUUGAUCACGGUAUUUCUCAAAUUUACAAAAAAAGAGUACAUUGUCGCUCCUUUUAGUUCUGCUCCUUGGACGACAGCGAAAGUAGAAGGAUCUUGUGCGAUUUGUCUAGAGGAUAUGUCUGAAGAGGAGUCGGAACAAGUCCUAUGCCAACCGCCUGAAUGUUUGCAUAUGUUUCAUGAAGAUUGCUUGACCAAUUGGUUAGAUCGACAUGACUCUUGCCCUCUCUGUCGCCAAUCCCCAAACCCUUUAACCAACAAACCCAGUGAAGCUUUGGAGAAGUUAGGACAAGGUUUCGAGUAAUGAUCCGUAUGUUGCAAGUCUAAUUAGGGUAUUCUUUUAAUGCUUUGUCUCAAUUAGGGUUUCUUUCAAUUCUCUUCUUCUUCUUUUUUUGUAUUGAUCUCGGUAGUAAUUUUGUUGGCAAAAAAGUAUACUAAUUUUUAAUGAAAUUGAAAUUAGUUCA